CUUCCGCGCAAGCGUAGAGGUGCCUGCGUCCUCCGCAGGGCAAAUUAGUCCGGACGUCGGUUGAGGUGGAAGUCCGCGCUGGGCGCGUGUGCAGCCAUGCCGGACUCCUGGGACAAGGAUGUGUACCCUGAAUCCCCCCGCCGCACGCCGGCACCCUCGCCGAAGACCUCGCUGCCCAACCCUAUCAUCUUCUUGACGAAGGCCUUCGACCUCGUCGUGGACUGGCCCGUGACCCUCGUGAGAGAGUUCAUAGAGCGGCAGCACACCAAAAACCGUAUUUAUUACUACCACCGGCAGUACCGUCGUGUGCCAGACAUCACAGAGUGCAAGGAGAAUGAUAUCCUGUGCAUCUUUGAGGCCGAGAUGCAAUGGAGAAGGGACUACAAAGUUGACCAGGAAAUCAUCAACAUCAUUCAAGAAAGGCUCAGGGCCUGUCAGCAGAGGGAAGGCGAGAGCUACAAGCAGAACUGUGCCAAGGAGCUGGAGCAGUUCACCCAGGUGGCUAAGGCCUACCAUGACCGCUAUUAUGACUUGGGGGCCCAUUAUUCUGCCAGAAAGUGCCUGGCAAAGCAGAAGCACAGGAUGCUGGCAGAGAGAAAGGCUGCUAAGGAAGCGGCGGCGGCCUGAAUCCCACAAUUUUUCACUAUGACUCAAGAUUGCAUUGCUAAGUGAAAUAAAACAAGUGCACUGCCUGUG